GCUUGCGGGGGAUUAGCGGGGCAAACCGCUCAUCCGCCGCUGACCCCGAGGCGGGACUGCGGCCGGGCCGGGGCCGUCCGGAGGAGGAGGGCGAGUCCGAGGCACAGUCGCCGGAGGUGGCGCGGCCCCAGCCCCCUCGGCGGGCCUGGCUCUGCGGGGACCGGAGGUUUCGCUGCGGAAGACCAUAAUAUUGUGUAAAGAUCUGCCACUUUGAUCUGCUUGGCCUUACAAGAUCUACAUCACAUUAAAAUGGAGCCAUCAUUUGAGAUGCUUCCGUUGACUGGGAAAACAAUAAUAUUUGAUAGCUUUCCUGAUCCUUCAGAUACCUGGGAAAUAAUUGAGACUAUUGGCAAAGGAACAUACGGAAAAGUUUUCAAGGUGUUAAAUAAGAAAAAUGGCAGCAAAGCAGCAGUCAAAAUUUUGGAUCCUGUUCACGAUAUUGAUGAAGAAAUUGAAGCCGAGUACAACAUUUUGAAAGCUCUCUCUGAUCAUCCCAAUGUAGUCAAAUUCUAUGGCAUGUACUAUAAGAAAGAUGUGAAAAAUGGAGACCAGCUUUGGCUAGUUCUUGAGCUGUGCAAUGGUGGAUCUGUGACUGAUCUUGUGAAAGGAUUUCUGAAGAGAGGCGAAAGGAUGAAUGAACUUAUAAUUGCUUACAUUUUACGUGAAGCUCUGAUGGGACUUCAGCAUUUGCAUGAAAACAAAACUAUCCACCGUGAUAUUAAGGGAAAUAAUAUCCUUCUGACCACUGAAGGAGGAGUCAAGCUUGUGGAUUUUGGUGUGUCUGCUCAGCUGACCAGCACUCGUCUCCGUCGGAACACCUCCGUGGGCACCCCAUUCUGGAUGGCUCCAGAGGUGAUUGCCUGUGAGCAGCAGCUAGAUAGCUCCUAUGAUGCCAGAUGUGAUGCAUGGUCACUGGGUAUUACUGCAAUAGAGUUGGGAGAUGGAGAUCCACCCCUUGCUGAUUUGCACCCUAUGAGGGCACUCUUCAAAAUACCAAGGAAUCCUCCUCCAACGCUACAGCAGCCUGAACUGUGGUCACCUGAAUUCAAUGACUUCAUUAACAAGUGCUUGACUAAGGAUUAUGAGAAACGUCCGACAGUAUCUAGUCUUUUGCAGCAUGAUUUUAUUAAGCAAAUUGAAGGAAGAGAAAACGUGCUACAAAGGCAACUCAUGGAGUUUAUUGAUGUUCAUCAACAAAUGGGAGUCACUGAAAAGGCAAGAUUUGAACGUAUUCAUACAAAGAAAGGGAACUACAGUAAGUCACUAGUUUCAAACCAGGAAGAGGUAGAUGAUUUAGCAACCUUGGAGGUACUGGAUGAGAAUACAGUAACAGAGCAGUUGCAGAAGGGUUACGCCAAGGAUCAGAUCUACACAUAUGUUGGGGACAUUCUCAUUGCUGUCAAUCCAUUUCGGAACAUAGAUAUUUAUUCUUCACAGCACUCCAAACUGUAUAUUGGAGCCAAACGGACUGCCAACCCUCCUCAUAUUUUUGCUGUUGCUGAUAUAGGGUAUCAGUCCAUGGUGACAUACAAUUCCGAUCAGUGUAUCGUUAUUUCUGGAGAAAGUGGAGCUGGCAAGACACAAAGUGCCCAUCUUCUGGUUCAGCAGCUCACUGUCCUGGGCAAGGCUAAUAACAGGACUCUACAGGAAAAGAUCCUCCAGGUGAAUAACCUCGUAGAAGCAUUUGGGAAUGCAGGCACUAUUAUCAAUGAUAACUCCAGCAGAUUUGGGAAGUAUUUGGAAAUGAAAUUCACUUGUGGUGGCACUGUAGUAGGAGCUCAGAUUUCAGAGUAUCUCCUUGAAAAAUCCAGAGUUGUCCACCAGGCAGUAGGAGAGAAAAAUUUCCAUAUUUUUUAUUAUAUUUAUGCUGGUCUGGCAGAAAAGAAAAAACUGGCACAUUAUAAACUGCCAGAAUAUAGACCUCCCAGAUAUCUGCAAAACGAUCAUUUCAGAAUAGUGCAAGAUUUCAUGAACAAUAGCUUUUAUAAGUCUCAGUUUGAAUUAAUUGAACAGUGCUUCAAAGUCAUAGGUUUUACACUGGAGGAACUUGGAAGUGUGUACAGUGUCCUGGCUGCCAUUUUAAAUGUGGGUAACAUUGAAUUUUCUACAGUAGUAUCUGAACAUAUGAUUGACAAGAGCAACAUUUCCAAUCCAGUAGCCCUUGAGAAUUGUGCGUCCUUGCUGUGUAUUCAGGCAGAUGAACUGCAAGAGGCCCUCACCUCUCACUGUGUAGUGACUCGAGGAGAAACAAUUAUCCGUCCCAACACUGUGGAAAAAGCCACUGAUGUCAGAGAUGCCAUGGCCAAAGCACUGUAUGGGCGCCUCUUCAGCUGGAUAGUCAAUCGCAUCAACACUUUACUCAAACCUGACAAGCAUUUAAGUGGAAACGAUGAUGGUUUGAACAUUGGAAUUCUUGAUAUCUUUGGCUUUGAGAAUUUCAAAAAAAAUUCUUUUGAACAACUCUGUAUCAACAUUGCCAAUGAACAAAUUCAGUUCUACUUCAAUCAACAUGUCUUUGCCUGGGAACAGAAUGAAUACCUAUAUGAAGGUGUUGAUGCAAGAGUUAUAGAAUAUGAGGACAACAGACCCCUCUUAGAUAUGUUCCUGCAGAAACCAAUGGGUUUAUUGUCCCUGCUGGAUGAGGAAAGUCGAUUCCCACAAGCAACAGAUCAGACACUUGUAGAAAAAUUUGAAGAUAAUUUGAAAUCAAAAUAUUUUUGGAGACCUAAAAGAGUAGAUCUAACCUUUGGGAUUUAUCAUUAUGCAGGAAAGGUUCUAUAUAAUGCAAGUGGAUUUCUAGCCAAAAAUAGAGAUACUCUGCCAGCUGAUAUUGUGCUGCUACUGCGAUCAUCUGAAAACAAUCUGACACGACAGUUGGUAACCCAUCCUCUUACAAAAACAGAAUCUAUACAGAAUGGAGCCCCAGCCAUCUCAAGCUGCAGGGGAGGGAUUGGUCUGGUCAAGUGCCAAGGAAGUGGUAGAGGCUUCUUUCAGGGUCCUCUCUUCAGGGUAGGGGAGCAAGACAGGGAGUGGAGUGCAUCCCUUUGGUUGAGGACUGAACAGAAAGGAUCAGGUAAGUCACUGGCCUUUUUUGGACAGGGCAUAUAUAAAUUGCCUGUUUUGUCUCAGUGCAAUUUUUCUCUAAAGUAGUAGAGAAC